AUUUUUAUCUCAAUCUGGUUCAAUCAAGAAGUGGGUAAGCCAUCUGGUAAAGAGCUACAAGAAGAUUGGGCAUCUUCUUCCUCCUCCUGCUCUCUUCUCAUUCUUUCCAAACAACCGUUUCUUUUCCUUUCUGCAAGUAACUGAUUUUUUAAAUUAGAAAAAUUAAAUCUGUCAAAUAAUUUAUAUAUCAAAUAAAUUUGAUGUUGCCAUUUGGAGGUUGCUUACAGAUGAGGACUGCGGCGUUACACUCUAAUUUUUCUCUAAUUUCUCGCUUGAAUGUCAAUGAAAUUCCUCAAUCUCUCUUCCCUUUUCGAUUUUCAAAUUCCUCUUUCCUUUCGACUACUCGGUCUCGUACUUCUCCUUCCAUGACCUUCGCAGCUCAGUCUUCUUCUCAGAUAAUGUCACCUGGAGAUGUUAACAAAGACGCAGAUGUCUUUCAGUUGAUUCAAGCUCAUCAGGAAAAGGCUGCUCGUCUUCCCCCGGUUGAGGAAAUUCGAACUUUGCUUGAUCGCAGCAUACGCGGCAUGCUUUCAACCUUUUCGGAGAAGUAUGAGGGAUAUCCUUCAGGGUCGAUGGUGGACUACGCAUGUGAUGCUGAUGGAUCACCAAUAUUAGCAGUCAGCAGCUUGGCAGUUCAUACAAAGGAUCUGUUAGCCAAUCCAAAAUGUUCAUUGCUUGUUGCUAGAGAUCCUGAGGAUAGAACUGAUUUAGUAAUAACCUUGCAUGGUGAUGCAGUUGUGGUUCCUGAAAAAGAUCAAGCAGCCACUCGAACUGCAUAUUUGGCUAAGCAUCCAAAUGCAUUCUGGGUUGACUUUGGUGACUUCCAAUUUAUGCGCAUUGAACCAAAGGCUGUACGAUAUGUGUCAGGGGUUGCAACUGCUUUACUAGGAUCUGGAGAGUUCAGCAAAGUGGAGUACCAAGCUGCAAAAGUUGAUCAAAUAGCGCAGUUCACUAAGCCUGUUGCAUCUCACAUGAACAAAGAUCAUGCUGAAGAUACAAAACUCAUUGUGCAGCAUUUGACAUCAGUUCCAGUGGACAACGCAUACAUUGUGGAUCUGGACAGUCUUGGAUUCAAUGUUAAGGCUGAUUACAAAGGGAGUACCUUCAAGCUUCGAAUUCCUUUUCGUAGACGUGCUGAAAAUAGAAAGGAUGUGAAGACUCUAAUAGUGGAUAUGCUUCAAGCUGCCACGGCCGAAGUCAAUUGAUCACCAAGGAAGAUAAAAAAAGCACUUUCAUGAUGGACAAAUUUGUUCCUCUUGUGUUAUUGCACGUUGUAAAGAACCUCAUUUUCCAUGCUGGAUCUUAUCCCGAGUCAUAAGGACAUUUCAUCAAAUAGGGCAAAAGUUCAGAAUUCUAGUGGUAUGAACGUGAAAAGAAAGUUAAAGUUGAAGAAAUCUGAUGCUUAAUGACUAUCAUCUUCAUAUAUGCUCAAAGUAAGCCAUACUAUAUCAAUAUGAAAGAAAUGGACAUGUUAAUUAUUCUCGUAUGUGCUCAAAGUAAGAAUUCUGAAAUAUACAUGGUUGUUUUAUGUUGGAGAUAAACUAAAGAAGGAAGAGUAUUCAAACUCUUUUAUAAAGAUUCAGCCAUAUUACUUGUGUAUAA